GCGAUAAAGCCUCACGCGUUGCCUGGCAACAGUGAAGAGCGUACCGAAGGAGUUAGCUUAGCCACCAAAGAUUUGGACAUCGCUACUCUUCUCUAUUUCGAGCACACCUGAAAGUUUACAGGACAAGUGAUAAUGGCAAGUCAGAGACCACCGUCUGGCCGGCCUAUGAGCCGUGGGUCAUUAGUCGCAGGAACUGGAAGACCGCCAACUGCCAUCAGACCUCCACAGACAGCAGUCAGACUGGGAACUGGGAUGGUGCCUGGGACUGGUCGUCCAGGGACACGGGGUGGACCAAUAGCUACCCCUGGUGUGUUGUCAGCUCAGAUAAAAGUGACCGAUCGUCCUGUCACUCAGCAGGGUCUCAGUGGCAUGAAGACAGGCGGGAAAGGACCCCAGAGGCAAAUCCUGGAUAAGUCGUACUACCUUGGAUUACUCAGAGGUAAAAUAAAUGAACUUACAGCAGAGACCAGCAAGUUACAGAAGGAAAUCGACAUGUUCAACCAGGAGAACUCUGUCUACCUAUCCUAUGAAAAAAGAGCAGAAGGCCUUGCUGGUGAAAUAAAGGAUCUUCAGGGGCAACUGGCUGACUACAACAUGCUGGUUGACAAACUGAACACCAAUACUGAAAUGGAUGAAGUAAUGAACGACUUCAAUAUGCUGAAGGCACAAAACGACAGAGAAGCACAAAGCAUGGACGUCAUAUUUACAGAAAGGAGACAGAAGGAGGACAUGAUCCAGGCCGUGGAGGAGGAGAUUGAGCGAGAGAAACAGGCAGCAGAUGACAUUGUAAAAAAGAUGUCCCCAGAGAAACAAGCCAAGUAUGCGGAGAUGAAAGCAACCAACGAGGAGCUGCUACAGGAACUGGACGCUCGUCAAGAGGAGCUGGACACCCUGAUGACCAGGAAGGAGACUUUUGAGGCUGACCUGAUGCACUCUCAGGUGAAGCAGGAGGCCGUGUUAUUGUAUGAGCGGCUGCAGGAGCUGGAGCAGCGCAGAGACACCAUGUUGGCUGAGGAGAAAAGCACUGGAUCCCCUCAGGAAGAAAGAGAACGCCUGCUGAAACAGGUGAAAGAAGACAAUCAAGAAAUAGCCAGCAUGGAGAGACAGCUGACUGAAACGCGGGACAAAUUAAAUCAGCUCACUGAGGAGUUGCGACAACUCGCCAUGGACAUGGAGGACCACCAAGACGGUGAAAGAACCCAGAAAUACAAGGAGCUGCAGAAGAAGGAGGAGGAAAUAGACGCUUACCUGGAAACAUUUGAUGACAGUAAAGCCCAGGAGUUGGAGCACAUUCGGGAGGCUCAGGCCAGCAUUGUUUCUCUGCUUGACCACUCUAGCAGGAUGAUGAACCGCUUGAAUUUGCUGUCCUCGGUCAGUCCUCAUGAGCUCAAGUCCAUGCAGGAGGACCUCAGCUUUAAAGAGACAGAGAUGCAGAAAUCCCAAAGUACAGCCAAGGGGCUGUCCUCAGAGAGUGAGCGUCUGCAGCAGGACCUGCUAAAGGUGGAGCAGUUGGAAGGGAAGGUGAUGGCCGAAAUGAACUCUCUGAAGGAAAAGAUCCAGCAGAUGAGCGAAGGCUUAAAGACCUACAGGGACCUGGAUGCUCUGAAAGCUGCUGGGGAGCAGAAAAAGAUGAGGCUGCAAGAGGACAAAGUGUCUCUAACAGAGAGGAGAGACACCUUCAAGAAGAUCAUGCAGAGGAUGAACCAAGAACACGAUGCUCUGGCAGCGCAGUUACAAGAGAAUGAGACACAUGCGCAGCUGACAAAUCUGGAAAGAAAGUGGCAGCAUCAUGAGCAGAACAACUUCGUUAUGAAAGAGUUCAUCGCCUCUAAGGGCAUGGAGAGCGAUUACCGGCCCGUGAUGAAGAAUGUCACUAAGCAGCUGGCCGAGUACAAUAAGAUACUCGUCGAUGCGCUACAGGGUCCCAGAAACUGACCGCUACUUCCUGUCUCCUGAGGCCCGCCGCAAAGGCUCCACAGUCCAUCACUGACUCACUUCCUGCUCAGGAGCGCUGCCCUACUCAACAUUCCACAGGCUCGCUGCACGUGCCGCAGAGAUUAGACGUGACCCUCGUGGGCGAAGUGCGCUCUGUCGUUCUGGUGUGAAAGUGUAAUGAGGAACUCGUAGCAGAGGUAUGGAGAUGGUCCAGAAUUGUACCUGCAUGUUUAAAUGAGCAUAAAAGAAUAUGUCUAUUAAUAAACGUAACAUUCUCUUUAA